AUGUCAGACAACGAGGACGUGCUCAACAUUCAGCCCAAGAAGAAGGCCGGGAAACAAGCUGGCCCCGUCUGUACCUCGAGGGCACCACCAUCCUCACCAACUACGAACACCAGCGAUGACGGUCACGAUCUUGAAACAGCCGAUGAGGAUGCGUCUAUCCGGUCUCGCCUCCGCCCGAGGUCUCAGCAGCAACAACCGCCGCCACCACCCCCAAGGGCCAAGUCAGCGAACGGAAAAGCAAAGGCUGCUGCGGAGAAGGAGGCGCGCGAUGCACAGGCAGCUGCCAAAGCCGCAGCAGUAACGCGCGCACACGAGAACUUAACGCGAAUGGACGUUGACGAGGCUGAACGGGCUGAACUCGAAGACGAUCCACUGGCAGAUGCCGUUGACGACGUUAACGACUUUUCUCGGUCAUCACGUAAAUUCAACUCGAUUUUCUUGAGCGAGGAACCCAUAGAGCUGAGUUCGGACGACGGCGCGCCCAAGGACGAUUCGUCCGACUCUGGUGCAGAUGAACAUGACAAGCGUCGGAAGCCAACUACAGCGGCAUCGAGCCGUGAGUCGAACCAUGCCACGGCGGAGGCCGAAGCCAACGCCGCGCGCAAACGUGCUGGUUCAGAUUCAGUCAAUAUCAAAGCCACCGUUCCGAAGAAGAAACGCAAUGCGGAAGACGACAAGGCCAAUACUAUGCGCAAAGGCCGCAAGAAUUUGAAGCCGGGCUGGGAGAUUGAAGACGAGGAAGAGGGAAAGGAAAAGGCGGCAAAGAAGGCGAAGGGUAAGAAGCUGGGCGGUAUGCAAGAUUCGGACGUCGAGAUGGACCGGGACGACAUCAAGGCCAUGAGCAAGGGCCAACGACGCGGCGGAAACGCGCGCGCGCGCGUUAUAACCCGCGUUUCCACACCCACUGCUGUGGAUUCGGACCCGGAGGACUCUGGGUCUGAUAAGAAACCUACCACUCAGCCUCCUGCUCGCACCGCGAAGACGCCCAAAAAGCGUCGCGAUCGCGCGACGUCCGCGUCGGGCGCGCUCUCCAUCUCUUCCUCUCCCGCCAUCAAGACUGGUGUCGGCAAGGAUUGCCUUCCUCCCCCGUUCAAAGCAAAGUAUGGCGCUGUGUCGGCCACAGUCAUCGAGUGGGCUCAUACCCUGAAGAAGCCAUGGGAUCUGACUCAUCGCGAGGAUCGCGCCGACCAGGGCAUCUCCUUCGAGCACGCUCUUGCGAUGAUCAAGGAGACGUUUGACGACCCCGAGGACAAGGCCGCGUUCGCAAACUAUCAACUUACUCCCGGUGCUGCUCCAUUUACUCAUUUGAAGCAGCUCAUAUACCGAACUCGUGGCGAUCUCCUUCUCAACGGCAACAAAUUCAUCCUCAACCUUCUUGCUGAACGCUUCGAACUCAAACUACCACUUCCUGGCUCACCGAAAGUGGCUCUCGCCAGGGUUCAGAAGGAGACUACGCCUGCCAGAGUCAAACGGUUCAUGACGGCCUACUGUACCAGUAAGCGGUGGUUUUAUGCAGACUCCGAGAGGAAGUCGGGGCCCCUACAAUCCGAACUCAUCCUCACGCUUUUUGGCUUCUACCUCUCGCUCAUUGACAAAUCACUACUCGGGUUUCCUGAUUCCCGUGCUGCUCUCGCGAUCUGUGCUAUUGUGGCUCGCCGCGUUUCGGAGGCUUGGAGAGACGGCACGUACAACCCGCCUGUGCUCGUCAACGAGCCGACCACGAGGGAACAAACGGAAUCGUACAUGAAGGGCACGGUUCGCAAUGUCUGCGUGACUAAUAAGCAGUACCAAGAUAUCGCAUCGGCAGCGCGCCAGUGCUACGUCGCCGAAGACCGAUCGGGUGGUACAGGCUCAGAUGGAUAUGACUCUACGAUGGACGCUUUUUGA